AAGCGUUUGGUGGGGCUCUGUGUCUCCUGUCUUCGUCGGCUAAUAAAUGCGCGCGUGCUGAGAAUUGUGAAAAGAAAAGUGGAGAGAAUAAAGGAAUCGAAACAAAAGAUUAAAAGAUAAAACAAAAAGUUCAUUAUCAAAUGCAACAAGAAUCCAGAGAAGACCAAGAGACAUAGAGAAAAGUGACGCGAAAAGGUCCAAGCGCAACGGACACUGCCCUUGAAAGUUAUGCAUGUGUGUGUGUAUUAGCAGCAACAACAUUCAAGGAGGAAUCUGCUGCCGCUCCCAAAGGAAGAAAAGGAACUGGAACUCACGCACAAAACGCAGCAGCAGCAGCAGCAGGAAAAGCAGUUGGCAAUGUGCAAAAAAGCGUAGUAUAUAUACAUAAAUAGUAGUAGGCAAAUGGGCAUAACGAAUUUCUCUCUGUGUGUAUGUUUGUGUCUGAGAGAGAAAAUGAGGCGCUAAUUAAUUAACUAAUUAAAAAAGUGAAAAGCGGCGCUGCGAGAAAAAUAGGUGAACAAACACACACCAACCAACAAACCAUAAGCAACAGCAACAACAACUAUAAAACUCUUAAAAUGACAUCAUACGCAAAUGAGACAACAACAGGAACAAACACAACAACAGCAGCAGCAACAACAACAACAACAACAGGAAAUGCCACAGCAGCAGCAGCAACAGAGGUCACCAAUGUAGCUAUAGAUGGUAAUGGAAUAACACUUGGAGCAGGUGGAGGAGACACUUCUACUGCAAUUGAAUCAUCCUCUAAAGUCAUGGCCAAGCAAUUGGCAACAAACAGCAACAGCUAUCAUCACCACCACCAUAAUGACGAUGACAAUAGCUCCUCUGAUGGGCGAGAGAAAACCGAUCAUACACCUGAAAAUAUUAAGAAAAUCGCCGAAAUAAUGGGCGAGGAUGUUGUUGUUGGAGGUACGGCUGCUGCAGCUGCAGCUACUUCGCCGUCCAUUAAUUUAUCACCACGUCACAAUCUGCAACAUCAUCAUCAUCAUCAACACAGUCAACAAAACAAUGCCAAUUUUGUUGGCUUGGGUGCUGCCAUUGAUGAGUCAAAUGCCAAGUUCUGUCUUGGCAAGCCGCCGCCAUUGCCGGCUGAAAAAGAUAUCUAUACAUAUAUAAACAAGUCGAUGACCUCAAUCAGAUGGAUGACAAAUGAAGCAACUCUGAUGACCACUGAACACCAUCAAAAGUGGUUGUCGUCGUCACAAAGCUUUCUCCAUCCACCGCCACCGACGCCGUGUGUUGUGUAUUGUGUGUUGUAUGUGUGUGUUUCAAGCAAAGGCUUACCUAAUAUAGGAGAAAUGAAUCUUGUCUAUUCGAAUAUACCCCAGUUCAAUCUAGAGACAAUUUUGGCUAGAGCGAAUCAUCAUCAUCAUCAGCAGCAGCAACAACAACAACAACAGCAGCAGGAAAAUAAUCAUCAUCAUCCAGACGUAGACGAAGAAGAAAACUCGACGGAAUCUAAUUCAACGUCGACAGCUACAAAGCAAUCACUGGCAUUCACCAUAGAUCACUUUGAUACCUCAGCGAAUGAUGCAGCUGCGCAGGCGGCACGCUAUAAGAAUAUGAUGGAACGUUUUCAAAACCGGCACAAACGUGGCGCAUCCAUGUCCAAGCUGGAGAGCGAUGGCCCAGUGACGCCAAAUGGUGGUGCCGAUGAAUUGGCCACACCCACACCAACCAGUGAACAAACACCGCCGCCGCAGGUCAAAAUGCGUGUACGUGAGCGCAGUGCCUCAAGGGUGAGGGAUGCCUCCAAGCGUCACAGUUGGUCACCACGUAGCUCUGGUACAUCCGAGACGACGGCAUCUGCUGCUGCAAGCCGUCCCACGACAGCAGUGACUAAAAGCAAGGUGUCGCCUUCUCCGGCCACAGCCAAAGGAGCUGCCAAUUCGAUGGCCAAUCGUACAGGACAGUUUACCCCACGAUCAACGGCCAUGCAACUGGCCCUUAGGCAGGUGGAGAUGCUGUGCCCACAGCCGCCGCUAGCCGAUGGUAAAACGCAAAUCGAUGAGGAUGUCGUCAGUGAGGCUGGCACCUACACUCUUGACGGCGACAACUAUACGGAAGAGCAAAAAGAUCUGAUGAAUAUCGAUCGUAAUGCAGCAGCAGCCGCGGCGGCGGCUGCGGCGGCGGCAGCUGCUGGCAAACAGAGACCAAAACAACUUCCCGUUAAGGCGGCAAGGGCUAGCAAUGUUCUGGAGGUAAAUUACUAUCAUGAAACGCAGCCGCAGCAAGAGUCAAAGGCAAGCAAAGCAGGGUCCACAUCAAACACUAGUGCUACUGGUGCCUAUUUGGAACAACUAAAGUCACGUGUGAUGCGUCAAUCGUGUCCUCCUCUCCCGAGGUCACCGCCAUCGCCAGCCGCCGAUGUUGGUUGUUUCACUAGCGUCACUACCAGUGGGGUUUUGGCCAAACAAAGAGCCCUCGAUACUCAUCCCAAGUUAACGCGCCACUCGCACAGUCUGUCCACAUCACAAAUCGAUAGCUCCGAAUAUGUCAGCAAUGAGGCCAAAUUGCGUCAGGCUCCGGGUGGAGCAUUGGCUGGUUCGGCCACAGACUGCCAGAAGGCCGAGUACCGGCUCAAUGUGUUCACCACUAGCACGAAUCAGCAGCAGCAUCAAAUGCCAGAGACUCCUACGACGCCCACUGCCACAGAGGCGGCAUUGUUGCAGACGGCACAGACGAAGCAGGACUGGAUUCAGGAAUGGGCACGCAAUGCUCGGGCACGCAGUUUGGCUCAGGAUGUGAGUGGAAGUACUGCAAGUCGUCGUAAACAACAGCAGGCACAGCAACUAAUGACGCGCAGCUAUAAUUGCUCGGAUACGGGUGUCGAUUCCCUUACUGAUGACAGUCUCAGUCUCUAUCAUCAACAUCAACAUCUGCAGCAGCAGCAACAACAGCAACAACAACAUCGCCAAUAUGUGACAGCAGCAGCAGCACAAGGAAAAUUGAAUCGCAGCAAUUUGGCCGAACGUUAUCGUCUAUUGGGCGACUGUGACUACGCCAGCGAUCCAGCGUUGUGCAGCCACAAUAAUAAUGAUGGCGGUAGUUCAGGAUCUCAGAUGAUUGAGCCACCGUAUAAGCCACCCAAAAGUCCCAGUAAGAUACCAUCGCCGUUGCACACGCUGGGACGUGCGCGCAGUGCCAGUCGUCCGCGUCCUCAUACCACAGAUGCCUAUUUGGAGCAGACGGCAGCAGCCAUUAGCUGUCUGCAACAGUCGCUAUCGCGACGUAGUUCCGUUAAAUCGCCGGCUCAGAGCAGUCCACAGCAUAGCCUAGAAACGGCAAACGGUGGUGCUGGCGGGGGUGGGGGCGGUGGCGGUGGCUAUCGUCGAUCCCCAUUGCAUCGGGCUCUCAUGACCAGCAGCAUCAACGAAGCGCAAUUGCAGUUACUCACCAGCGGUGAUUAUCUGCUCAAGCAAAUGAAUCGGCGCAAGAACUCCUUGGAUGAUGAUAUCGAGCCGCUUGAGUCAUCCGCUCCGUUGUCGCCGCUGCGUCGUUCGAGCUCCUUCCAGCAGCAGCAGCAAAUGCAACAUCAACAGCAUUCAUCCCAUCAUCAACACCACCAUCAUCACCAUCACCAUUCGGGUCGUCAGGGUCGCCCCAAUUUCCAGAAUCUAUAUACUCCGCCAGCAGCUCGUCAUGCCCAGCAGCAGCAGCAACUGUUGCAACAGCUUAAGAAAUCCUCAAGUAGCAAUAAUUUUGAACAAGCCUAUAGCGAUUAUGACAACGAAUUGCAAUAUUAUAUCAACGAUGAGGAUGAACUGGGCACUGGAGGUGCCUAUUACUCUAGCAACGAAGAGGAUGAGCCACCAGAUAUGUUGGAGCCCCAGGAGACGGCUGUACCCCUAAGCAAUACGCGUCUCAAUAAGGCUCUCCUCAUGCGCAUCGAGAGGAGCAAACAGCGACAGCAACAACAACAACAGCAGCAAAACAGUCAUACACCAGCCAAACCCAGUUCAGCUCCAGCUGGCAAAUUAUCAGCUGCAGCUGCUGCUGCUGGUCUAAUUGCCUGUCCCAAUACUCCAGAAUUGCCACGACGUGGCAUUAAGAGUGCCACAGCCCGUACAACUGUCGGCUCGAUGAAACCCUCACGUCAGUCCAUGCCACGCGACACUAGUCUCAGUCGUUUGGCCCAACAGGUUCCCAGUUCCUUGGCCAAUGCCAAGAAACAAUUGCUCCAGACCGCAAAUGCGAGCAAUCGCGAGCAACAGCCAAGAGUGCAACCAAAAUAUUUGGAUAUAUCCAAAUACAAGUCGGCCCAAUCCAAUAAUUUUCUGCGUAAAAAUGAUGCCAAGAGUACAUUGAAGCCAUCGGAGCAAAUGAAACGUAGCCCCAGUGCCUCAUCUAUGGGUCUAAGCCGGGGCGAGGGCAUACGGGCCAGUAAUCGGAGUGUGCGUAGUGCCGCCUCCGUAAUGAAUAGCAGUACCACAUCACUAGGUGCUGGUGGAGGAGGAGGCGGUGGCGGCAUGGGCGGUGGACUAGGACCACGAGCUUCUUCAGCGGUGCGACGUGAUGCCUCAGUCAAUAAACAAAAGGAAGCUGAAAUGGCCAUGUGGAAACGUCGCUCCACCUAUGAUCCAAUGAAGGCAGCAGCCGAAGAUCGCCGCAAAAAGGAAGAAGCGCGUCGUGCCCAAAGUCAGGCAAGACAACAACAACAGGAGCAGCAGCAGGAACAUCUCGACGAUGAAGUGCCUUUCGAGAGUGUCCUGCGGCCAGCCAACAAUUUAACCCUCACGGGAAGCAGCAGCAUUCACUACAGUCCACGAAACUCAAUGGAAAACGACGCUUGGACGCUUGGUGAAUCCUCAGAGUUUGGCGAUGAUUACGAUGAGAAUGAUGAGAUUGACGAUCACCAUCACCAUCACCUCCAUGAUGAUGAUGUUGAUGCUGAUGACGAUGAUGUAGAUUUAGAUGAAUGUUGUGAGAAUGAUAAUUAUCAUGAUAAUGUUGCCGGAGGACAAGAGUCCGAUGAUGUUUUUGAAGUGGAAUCUGUAGAGGGUACGCCCCAAAUCGCCAAGUAGUAAGGGCAGCAAACGUGAUAUACAUAUAUAUAUAUAUAAAUCCAUAUAAAAUAUACAUAAUUGAAUAUAUGUAUAACAUAUUGAUUGUAUUACUUAGCGAGCGUAGUAGUGUGCGUUAUAUAAAUAUAUACAUUCAUACAUACAUACAUACAUAUAUAGAAAUAUUUUUACUAUAUAGUACAGAGAUAUGUAUGACUCUUUCUAUUUUUUUUUUCUCUCACGGAUUUUUCAAUUGAAUAUUGUUUUUAAAUGAAAAUAAACUUGAAAUAUGAUGUAUAUGCUUAUCAAAACGCGAUUGAUGCUGUCCAAUUGUCCUCGUAUUUAUGCCAUAACAGAUUACAAAAACACACAAAACAAUUGUCCAGAAAUCUUUUCAAAAUGCUAACAACAAUACACGCAUAAGUUCAGAGUGAUACAAAAACAAGAAACAAAACAAAAGAAAACAAUGCACCGACUCUUCAAAUGUAAAAUGCUAAAAAAAAUGUUAUAAUUUCAAUAGCAAAAAUAAUUGUAAAUUUUAUUUGACGGUGCAUUUAACUAAAACGUUAAAUUCAGUUUUAAACAAUAUCUAAUAUAUCAUAUAUAUUUAUAUAUAUAUACGUUUGUAUGUAUAUAUUAUACUCACAUAUGUUCCAGGCAUUGUUUUAUCAGGCACAUGGACUGCAAAUUAUAUUAUAAGAAUUUUUAUUCGAACCAUAACGGGAAUUGAAUUUAUAUAUUAUAUGAUGUACUCUUGUGCCCUCCCCUCUCCGUACAUUGUCCCGGGUUCAAAACAAAAACAAAACAAAAAAUAAGUAAACUAAGUUUCUCUCCCCCGCUCCACUUACUUUCGUAGGCUUUGUAGAGCGUUAUAUAAACAUAUAUAUUUUUUUUUGUAUUAAUAAGAUAUAGUUUUAUAUAUGAGCAUAUGAAACCAACUGAACAAUUAUAUAUAUAUAUACUGCAGCGAACGAGGGAGAGAGAGAGUUAGCGAGCGAGCGAGAGGGGAGAGCGUAUUGGAUAAUUGCUUUUAAACUUUUUAAGUUGUUAAAAUUUGAUUGUAAAUUA